AUGCAGACCUCCUACGCCAUCAUAUCCGUUUAUAAGCAGCGCAUCGCAGCCCUUGAUCGCAUAUUACAGAAUCAGCCCCAGCAGCUUCACCAACACGGUCACGGACCCGUAGAAUACCGGAAACUUGUCCAGCGCUUUCGCCAGUUCCUUGCCGAGGAAGAAAAGUUCUGGACCCAAGUAGUUACCAGGCAUCAACGAUCCUUCCAACUCGAUGAAGCCAAACCGGCGCUUGUCGCUUUAGAAAUUAUUCCUGCCACCGGAACAGCUGAUAACGACGCUGCUCCUCCCAACGGCCGCAACCAUUUCCAGUUUCCUAGAACGGAUCCCCUCGAGUCUGUCGCACCCACGACGCCUGAGCAGCGUGAGAGCCGUCUGUCUAUCCUCAACAAAGCACUUGUUUGCUUGGGUGAUAUUGCCAGAUACCGUGAGCAGUAUAAUGAGGGUGGAGGCAGGGGCAAAAUAGGCCAUGACGAUUUCCCUAGACGAGGACGGAACAGGAGAGGUGGCGCGCUGGGUGGAGAGGCUCUUCCCAGACCUAGGAAUUAUUCGAAAGCACAGCAUUCCUACGAGCAGGCACGUCUGCUAGUUCCUGACGACGGCAAUGCAUCGCAUCAGCUAGCCAUCCUCGCCUCUUACCAGAAGGACCCUUUUGAGUCUUUGGCUCAUUAUUAUCGUGCUCUCUGUGUUCGCCAGCCCUACGACACAGCAGCUGAGAACAUGGGCACCUUGUUGACUAAGGCGCUGGAACAAUGGAAGGUCCGCUCUAAGAAGAAGAAAGACACUGGUCCUCCUAUCGAUCCGUCUCACGUUCCCAUGGUCAUAGUCGUGACCGCAUUCAAGGAGAAGGUCGUAGUCCUGCAUGCUCUGUGGCGUCUCGGUUUACAAAAGAUGGACUCUUUGACAAGGAAACUUUCUAAGGAGAUCUCCAUCGAGCUAAACGAACUCGUUGCUGGACGUCACCUACCUGAAGAUCUCAUUCUCAAAAUCUUUGUGACUGGCCAUGGCGCUUUAUGGAAACAUCGAAUGUUUCGUGAUUCGCCGGUGGCAACCCGUAGGACGGUAGACUCGCCGACUUUGAUAUCCCCCACGGCCAUUGAAGUCAGAAUUCUCUAUCAUAUUCUAUUGCUUCACCGGGCCUUGCUUGAGGUUGGGAUAGAAGAGCUGAAGGUGCCUCUACCGGAUGAUGUUGAGCAAACUGAUCUCGCUCAGCGCAUAACCGCGAAUUUCCGCCGUACUCUUCCAGCCUUAAGAAUGGCGAGCAAAUGGCUACGCGCUAAUUAUCCUUACGUUCUCGAGAAGGACAAAGAAUCCCGUGAUGAUGCCAGUGAGAUCACUGAGUUUUGGUCUACCUUCGCGAAAUUCAUUAGUGCGCUUUCGCGAGCGUUCCCUGUGGAUCGUUUACCUUCGUUGAAGUUUGGCUUGGAAGAAGAUGUUGAACUGCUGGGAUUCUUGCCUUUGAAGAUGGUCGUUACCAAGCGCCAGGCAGAGGCGGAAGAGCAAGUGCACCCUAACGUUGAGCAGUUGAUGAGAAUUAGCGACCUUCUCAUGGAUGCACAGUUUCUCGCAGCCGAAGAGGGUUCGCCCCUGCACGCUGCAGACAUCAAUUUGAAGACUUCUGAUCCUGAUCCUGUUCUGUCGACGAGCGAUAUUGAUGCACCAGUGGACCACUUUGUACCUUUACACUCUGAGAGCAAGGAGGACGAGGUCAUGACUGAGGCCACUAGUGACACAAAUGACGAUAUUGUCCGUGCUGCAUUUGAGCACUUGAAUGCUUCAGAACAGGACGAGGAAGACGAGGACGAAGAAAUGGUGCUUUAUCCUAGGUAUUUGUUCUCUCCUUUCUACGUUGCACUGUUCUAA